CUUAUGAUUGCAUAACAUCGACUCAUGGGCUUACUCAUCUUAAGAAUUAGACAGUACUUCCAGCGCUUUUUUAACAAUCUGAAGAAUUGCUGCGCUCCUCUUUGGUUGACAAAAAUCGAUAUACUAUUGGGCCUUUAUAUAGAUAAAAAAACAAAAGUCGAAACCAGAGUUAGAGUGUAAGUAAACAUAUAAGAGCUACUUGUUUCUUUUUGUUCCAAGUUUUGACAUGAAAUGUCACAUCGCCUGGUCCUGGUAAUGUUUGUUUGCUCUAUAUGUUUAGAUGAGAUUAGUCUGCUUCCAUUUAAAAUCAAAAUUUCAAACAAGUUCUUGCUGUCUCUUGGUUUAUAAUAAGUUUGAUAUGCUAUUACACACCUUCAAUAUACUCAAAACUAGCUUUUUUUCUUCAAAAAAGAAUGCCCUCCUAAAGGAAUUGACUAUUUAUCCGUACAAGACAUGCACUUUGUCAGGUAAGUUUAUGGAUAGCAAGAUGGUGGUUUUUU